ACUGCGCAUUCAAUAUGGAACCGACGGCGAAGCGGUAGCGUCCUACGCCUCUACGAGUCAUGUUUAUAUUCGCCCCUUACGAUUUUACAUCUCCGAGAAGAAGACGCUCCGGUUGACCGGAGGAAACCUACAAUGUACAGCGUCCGUAAUCCAACCCCCGUCCUCGGAUAAGUGAUAGAGAGUGAACGAGAUCAUGGCUGGUUUGAUCAAGAAACAGAUACUGAAACACCUCUCCAGGUUUGCUAAGAACCUCUCCCCAGAUAAGAUUAAUCUGAGCACCCUGAAAGGGGAGGGCCAGCUCACCAACCUGGAGCUGGAUGAGGAGGUUCUGCAGAACAUGUUGGAUCUGCCCACCUGGCUUGCCAUUAAUAAAGUCUUCUGCAAUAAGGCCGCCAUCCGGAUCCCAUGGACCAAACUGAAGACUCAUCCAAUCACUCUGUCUUUGGAUCGAGUUGUCAUGGAGAUGAGCACCUGUGAUGAGCCCCGCCCUCACAAUGGUCCAUCACCCAUAGCAACAGCCUCGGGUCAAAGUGAAUACGGUUUUGCAGAGAAAGUAGUGGAGGGCAUCUCUCUCUCAAUAAACUCCAUAGUGAUUCGGAUCAGCGCCAAAGCCUUCAACGCCUCUUUUGAGCUCUCGCAGCUCCAGGUCUAUAGCGUAAACACCAGCUGGUCCACCGGGGACCUCCGAUACUCACGCAUCCUGGACCCCACUCGUGGAGAGAUCCUAACAUUUAAGGAAGUGAGCUGGCAGAUGAUCUGGAUUGAAGCGGACGCCAUCCAGGGCACAGAACACGAGGUCGUCAGCGCCCCCAUUCGCCUCAUCACCAACCAAUCAAAGAUUAGAGUUACUUUAAAGAGGAGGAUGAAAGACUGUUAUGUUGUGGCCUCCAAGCUGAUUUUGAUACUAGAUGACCUGCUGUGGGUUCUGACGGACUCUCAGCUCAAGGCCAUGGUGCAGUACGCCAAGUCCCUGAGUGAAGCUAUGGAGAAAUCAGCCGCGCAGAGGAAGAGCAUGGGCUCUGACACCACGCCGGUAACACCGGCGGCCCCUUCGGCCCAACAGGGGCGGACACAGCAGGCUUCAGCCACGGCGGAUCAAAGCGCCUCCAUGGCGCGGCUCUUCAAUGACUAUGACGUUCGUGAGACUUCACACCACCUUCAGAUCACACAUCUGGACCUGCACAUCUGUGACGACACUAAUGCCAAGGACAGAGAGAUCAAUAAAAGAUUAGAUAGUGGGGCCAUGCAGUUGUCUUUCAGUUCUAUAACAGUAGACUACUAUCCCUUCCACAAAGCUGGUGAGAGCUGUCUUCAUUGGAUGCAUUACGGGGAAGCCACAAAGGCCCGUGAGACCUGGGCUCGGUCUCUUCUAGAAGAGUUUAAGUCCAAUGUGGAAAUGCUUAAAAAUGCAGUCAGCGGCCAAAACCAGAGCUCUCCUCAGCAUGGUAAGAUCUCCACCGGCUCCAGUAGUUCCUUCGCACCCCCGCCUGCACCCAGAACACAGCUCGUGUCCAGUUCAAUUGUGCUGCGGAUGGCUGAUUUCAGCAUAUAUCAGGUUUCUACAGCAGACCAGCCGCGCUCCAGCCCUAAAAGCAUGAUCUCCUGUAAUAAGAAAUCUCUCUACCUCCCUCAAGAGAUGCCUGCCAUCCAUGCCGAGUUCACAGAGUACUACUUCCCAGAUGGCAAAGACUAUCCCAUUCCCUGUCCCAAUCUGUACGUGCAGUUGAAUGCUCUACAGCUGGUGCUUGAUUCUCGAAGUCUAGUUUGGCUCAAUCUGUUUGCGUUGGACCUUCGGCAGAGUCUGGAACAGUUCAUGGAGCUGUACAAACUCAACGACUCCCAGAAACCAGACGAGCAUGUGGACAUCAGAGUGGAUGGACUCAUGCUGAAGCUGGUGAUCCCUGCUGAACACGAGAAGACUCAACCUGACCAGCCUCGCUCUUUAUCCGUGCAAACAUCAGAGAUGGUGGCAUCAAACACGCGUCACUCUUCCGGCUGCACUCGGUCCAGUCUGGAAUCCCUCUUGCAAGCCUUCCAAGAGCAACCCUUCUUCACCUCCUCUCCCUCAUUUCCCCGUGCCCUAAACUCCUUCCCUGUCCUUCAUUCUGUCUUCCAGCGCCACGCCCACGAGCAGGACACACGCGUUCACGACGUGUACCGCGGCUUCGCCCCACUGUCCCUCUCAGCCAACGCCCUCAAGACACCAGCAGCCACCGACCUAUGGGCCAUCCACUUUUCUCAAUUCUGGGUGGACUACGAAGGCUCCCGUAGCGGGAGAGGUCGCCCGACACCCUGCGUGGACUCCUUCCCCCUCACCCUUUGGGUGUGCCAGCCCGCCCGCUACGCCCAGCACAAUGAGAGGCUGAAAUCGGGCGUCGGGUCAGGGAAGUUGACCCGCAGUGAGUCGGCCGAGAUAGCCAAUCGGCUACAGAGGAAGAAGCUUCUCAAGGAGUACUACACCACUGAUGCAUCCGGCAGCAGCACGCCAAGCAACGGCCUCCACAAACCCAACUCGCUUGACGGCUUAUGCAGCCACACAUCUUCAUCCCUCACUUCUUCCUCAUCCUCAGCGAGCGAAGUAGACAUGCAGGUGCUGGUGCACGUUCAGAAGCACCUGAGUGCUCAGGUCAGCCACGGGCAGUACGUGUUUCUGCUCCGACUACAGAAUGCUGUGAAAUCUCUUCAGCGCACUUUACAACAAGAUCUGGAGCAGUUCGGCUCCAAGCGUCAGGGCACAGGACAACCCCUUAGUGCUUGCAUAGGCGUGCUCAUGAAAAGUGCAGAGGUCGCCCUUCUCCUAAAACCCAUCCCUCAACCGGACUCGAGCGCAAGCCCCUUGAACUCCGACAUCUCCCCUUCGGAGAGCAGAGCCACUCUUGAGGCAGGUAGUGAUGGGGGCGAGGGGCCCGAAAGACCCUCGGCUCCAGGCUUUGUGGAUCAGAUGCUCUCUGCAAGUACAGAGUCAGGUACACAUGUUGUUAAUACAUCUCCUCACCUUCCUUCCUCGUCCGCCUCUCCCGCUCUAAGAAAGGCAUCUGUGGAUGAGAGGACCAGCAUAGGGUCCGGAGGGAGGGUGGGAUCUGAGGAGAAGAAGGAUUUGAGAGAAGGAUCUCUUAAUGGGGAGAGUGGCAGGACUGAAGCCAAAGGGCAACACAAUGAACCCUCGCAAGCUGGGGUGGUGGAUCCUCUGACUGACAAUACCUCCAGAGAAUGGAAUGAUAAGAGUCAGGGAAGCAGGCUUCCUCAGUCCAUGUCCAGGAAAGGCAGUUUAUCUGUGGUCUCUGACCUCUUAUCAUCCACGCACAGCAGGUCUACCUCCUUAUAUUCCAUGUCCAACAUCGGCCGCUUGAUUCAGGGCAAAUCUCAGUCGAGUUUUUCUGUGACCUAUAAGAACAUGAAGAAGAGUCCCUCACUACAGUCUCUGGACGACUUCUCCAUAGACAGCUAUCUGCUGGAGGAUUGUGACACCUACAGCCUGCUCGAGAGAGAUGAUGUGUCAAUAUCUGGGUUUAAAGAGGCUACAGAAGGAGCAAGUGUGGUUCUGGCUCAAGAGGCAGAUGAAGCCCAGUCACCUGAUGCCAUUAGUGCUGCUUCCCAGAGCAUCGACGAACCCACAAAAGAUCUCGUGUCUGUUCUGGUUCUGAAGGUUCAUUCAGUCUGUUGCUCUCUGGACCUGAAGGGUGAUGACACAGCCGUAGCUCUUGAGGUGGGACGCAUCAGACCCAAUCAGCUCGGCAACGUCAGCUUGCGGCAGUAUCUUAGCAACCGCAGCCUGGGUUUAGUCACAUCAGCAACAGCCAAUCAGAGCAGUGAAGGCUCCGGGUCAAAGUCGGACCCCAACACAGUGCUGUCAGAUCCUGAGGUGGAGGUGAGGCUGGAGAGCGGUCCGGGUGCAGCGGUUCACUCUCCGCUCGCUGAACAGAACGGCUUUCUGCAGUGCCGGGUACAGGCCUUCUGCGCUGACUUCAUCAUGACAUCACUGCGAAACCUCGCCUUCUUCCUGGAGGAUGACUCCGCCUCCCAGGUCCUGCCUAUGGAGAUCACCAUCAAAGAUACACACGUGAACCUUAAGGACGAUGGUCCCCGUGACAACUCAUCUGAGCCAGAGGCCACGCCCAUCGCCGUGCAUAUUCACAAUCUGCUCAUCCAUCGUCAAGAUGACGGUUCAUUCAGCAUUGGAGGAGCUGAGCGUGCUGCAGAUUCAAAGCUUCAGAAGGCGGGGCCUGUGAAUGACAGCAGGCUCAGUUCUGUCCCGGAAGUUCCUGUAGGUGUGGCCAGGGAGCCGAAAGCCACUCAGACUGCACCUCUGUCACCCACAAGCCCCACCCCCUCAAAUAGAGAACAGCUGCUCAUAGAGGAAAAUGAAUGCUUGAAACUAGAGCUCUCCAAAGCCAAGAUGGCACUUGCAGAAGCCCAUAUGGAGAUGGACUCCCUCCAGCAUCAAAUGAAAUCUCUCAAACUCACCAGCGGGGGAAGCAAAAGCUAGUGGUCGUGUGUACAGCGUGUGUACAAGAAUGACACUCGCCACAGGGGGGCAGCAGAGUGCUUGGAGGGGCCUGGCGCUAUAGAAAAGCCCAACUCCGCAGCCUUGGGUGAAGAGAAGAGGAGGCUGUGUGUGUUGUAAAAGAAGGCUCACCUGACUAAGGAUUUAGACUUUGCGACCUGUGGCGCUGCUAUACAGAAAAGUGUUCUUUACCAUAGUGUACACACAUAGCUUUAGUAUCAAAGAAAGCCAGCGGAGUUUCGUUUUCACAGCUUACUUGUAUUUUUUUGUCAGUUUCUUGUCUAAGGGGGUUGGCCGCACAGCACAUGCAACUCCCUCCGAAGAUAUCAUGGGAAAAUGUAAUGGAGUAGUACACACAAACUUUCUAACCAUUUGCAAGCAGUGUAGGAGCACAUUCCACCCUUGACCUCUGACCCCAGGACAGUCUUACGUACACAGAAUCGGGGUGCGUGACGCUGAAUGUCAUAUCUGUGGAGGAAUGUCUUACAAAAACAUUAAUUUGCACUGAUUUGAUUUUCAUUCAAAAGACUAAAAAGAACUUUGCUCUUAAUAAAUUUGUGUUUAUAUACAGUAUGGUAAUUGUGAUACGCAAGAAUGUUUUUUUUUAAGUGCAAUUGAGGACAUUUUUACAUCACAUUCUUAUAUUAGACUUAAUCAUUUAUGUAUGAAAAACACUAAUGGGACUUUAGUAGAGAUGCACAAGUCGUAUUUUGGUACUGUGUGAUAAGGAUGUGUUGAGUUUUUCAGUGCAACACUUUGAUAUUAGUUCAGUAUUUGCGACUAAAUGCCCCAUUCCACGUUCACCCUUCUUGCUGUUUGCUCUGCAACAGUGAAAUAAGUUCAAUUAUUAUUUCUUAUUUCACAGGUGUUUUCUGAUUUGAUGUCACAUAGUUUGAACAUGAGAUUUGUAAAUGAUGCUUUUUCAUAUUAUUGAGCUUUGAUUGCCAGCAUUUCUGCACAAAAAUGACAAAAAAGGACGUUGGGUAAACAGCCCAAAACAGAUGCAUGGUGGGAAAUCACACUAAAAAGUUUGCAUUAGUUCAUUUUUGUUCAUGGUUUUUCUUAUUCAGUUAUAAUUUAACAGUGAAGGGCUUGUUUUGUGCGAUGAUAUUACUCAUACAGCAGCAAAAACCUCGUCCAACUUUUUCGUUUUUGUCUCACCUUACUUGUUUCUUUCUCUCACUGUUUCAGGUCCUCAAUCAGAUACCAUAAUUAUUCAUUUAACAUGAAUGUAAGCAAAGCAGUCUACAGUCUAUUCAGUGGGUAGCCUAUAUAAGGGUAAAAUUUUCUAGCCACACACAUGAUAUCUAGGCUAAAUGAGAAAAAAUCUCAAUUUUCAUUUAUAUAAAAUUUAAUACACCGUUUACCCCUAAUGUCUGAACAGUGUCCUCUACAAGUGCCUAUGACUGCACGUGUUCUCCAGAGGUCCUGCUUUUUCUUAACAAUUAUCUCUUUUUCUUACAUUUUGUCCUCUGAACGUGUAGUGCUCUUCAUGCCACAAACAUCCAUCUGAAAAUUUCCCAGAUGUUUUUUUUUCUUUUAAAUGGAACGCUUCAUUACAUAUGUGUGUUUGCAGAAACUCUAAAAUUGCAAAUUGCUUUCUUCUGUAGUACUAGGCCAAUGCCACAUUAGCCCCACCGCAUUAUGGUAUAGACACGCCCCCUUAGCGUUGAAGGUCACUCAUUUUAGCACAAACGAUGAACAAGCAAACUUGUGAAAUUAUUAUUUGUUGUCUGUCAGAAGCUGCUGAAGUACUGAGACAACUGAAAUAAAAUGCUGAAA